AUCUUGCCAAUUAUUAAUUUCAGUGUCAAUUAUCGCUUUACCAGUAAAUUCUUAGUUUAUACUAAACCGACUUUUUUAGUAUGAUUUGAAAAAAAUGCAAACUUUGCAUGGAAUAUUUCCCUUCAAUUGGCCUGUCAAUAAUUGCAUUUCUUAUAUCAGCAUAUUUUUAUCAAAAGUAUCAACCACCCCCUAAGCCAAAAAUUGUUGGUAUAGACCUAGGGACCACUUAUUCCUCGAUAGGAACUUACCAUUCUGUUACUGGUGAUGUUACGGUAUAUGAGAUUGAACAAUCCUUUAAAAGCAUUCCUAGUCAAAUCUUUUUUAAUAAAAAAGGUGAUAUAAUAGUUGGAUAUGAAGCUCAAUUACAAGCUCAAAUUGAUCCCACUAAUCUUUUGUAUGAUGCUAAGAGAUUUAUUGGCAAAAAUUUUACUGAAACAGAAUUAGCCCAUCUCAUUCAAUUGUAUCCAUUUGAUCUUCAAAACCAUAAUGAAAGAACCUAUUUCCAAAUAAAAACUGCCGGUAUGAUAGGGACAGAUUCUAUCAAUACCUUAGCUAGAACCCUUAAUAAGUUAUGCUCAGGUAUCCACCAUACUCAACUUUUCAAGAAUGAAUCAUCCAAGAUAUUUUUAAUCAGUCCAGAAUGUGUUGGAGCCAUAAUAAUAUCGAAAUUGAUAAAAAUUGCUGAAAAGAUGGUUGGAAGAAAGAUGGAUAAAGGGGUUAUAGCAGUGCCAGCUGAUUUUAACGAUGCACAAGAAAGUGGGACAAUAGUAGCUGCAAGAUUAGCAGGUGUCCAAAUAUUACGAGUUAUAAGUGAACCCACUGCAGCCGCUCUAUCAUAUGGGCUCCACCUGAAGGAAGAUUUAAACAAUGUAGUAGUGAUUGAUAUAGGAGGUGGGACUACCGAUAUUUCGCUCUUGACUCUGCAUGGUGGCAUGUUUUUUGUUAGAGCCUUAGCAGGUAACAACAGAUUAGGCGGUCAAGAUUUUAACGAGCGUCUAUUGGAGUAUGUUAUACACGAAUCCCUUAAAUCGAAAUACGGCUCGGGUGCCAAGAUAUCUCGGAGGGAGGAUUUGGAGAGACUUAAGACGGGUAUAGAAAGAGCUAAGAUCGCCCUAUGUAGCUUUAACUCCAUUUACAACUCCUCAGUUCAAACCUACGAGUUAGCCCUGGAAUUGCACUUGUCGUACGCUAAAGAAAACGACAAUAUGGAUGACACUUAUAUGGGCGGCGGUGAAAUUGGCACACGGGAUGUGAAUAACGAUCAAGACCUAAUCACGGAAAGGGUCAAUUUUACGACUCUUCUAACCACUAAAAUAUUCGACGAAGUAAACGCCGUUACCGUCGCCAAGGUGAUCGAAACCCUGAGGGAGUGCUUGCACAUUGGCGGAAUUCGGUUUGAUUCUUCUGACAAGGAAGACACCAUCCAGGAAGUCGUUUUGGUGGGCGGAUCCGUCAAAGUACCUCUGGUAUAUCGCGCCAUAGUUGAUUUUUUUUCGGGCACAACAAGUUCCUCCAGCGAAAGCAUCGAAGAUGAAACUCAUCAUGAUCAUACUGGAACACCUAAUUCUAGACCCACAAAACCUGAUCGAAUCGUAACUAAUGUUCAACUUUCUCUAGAGCCCGAGCUAGCUGUAGCGAAAGGUGUGGCUAUCAUGGGAGGGAUCGUCGGCGGGGCGUGGCCCCUAACUGUUAGCGCCAUAGAGCCUUACCCUAGAAGGAGGAAAAUUGUUAGACGCGUCGAUUUAUAAAUCGCGUGAAAAAGGGAUUUAUAAAACGAUGAUCCAUAUUUUUAAAAAAAAAUAAUCACGUGUUAAAUAAAUUGGGGAAUCAUUUCUUUAUUAACAAUAUUAAUUAGAUUUUUUUUAAAACCACUUUUAUCUAUUUCAAACUUCAAAAAUCUAUUCCAUUUAUUUUAUUAAUAAUUAUUAUCUUAUCUACAAGGUAUUUUUUUUUAAUCACUUUGAUAUUAUUAUUAGAGACCUGCAGAAGUACCAUUUACAUGGCCCGGUCCGGAUUUUUUAAAAUCAUUUUUCGGCCCGGUCCGGGUUUUAUAUUUUCAAACCCUGCCCGGGUAGAUUUAAAAAAAGAAUAAAAUACGACCCUUGUACUCUUGCAUGUCCGUUGUAGUUAUGGAUUCAUCAGCAACCGAGUUAGAAUAGUCCAAAAUUAAUAGAUUGUCAUUUGUUAUGUAUAUAUUUAUUUUAAUUUAGCCAAUUUUAAAAUAUUUAUUAAUUUUAUUGUAUAUUAUAAAAUUAUACCUAAAUUAUCUAAUCUAACCUCUAUGUAAUUACUUAUAGACAAACGAAUAUUUAUGAUAUUUUUUUUUGUUGAUAAAUACGAUUUAACCAGAUCCAAAAAUACCUAUGAUUAAAUCAAUUUUUUGUUUUUAAAUAUUCGAUUCGAAUCACGAAUAUCUUCGAUUACAAUCACUGCGUGCUUGGAAAGAGGUGCUAAAUUGUAAUUAAUUUUUAUGAAUGACAUAGUUUAUAUGGAUAUAUUAGUGUAUUCUUUUGUUUAUUUUUCUUG